UGCUGCUGCUGGGCCUCCACCGCACCUGAUCACACACACACACCACCCUUAAUGUAGCUGCGUCCCCCCACUGCCACCACCAUGGAAUCAACAGCCCAACCCACCUUCCCUGCUGGGCUGCCAGUGUGGCGUCUAACCUUCGGAAGGGCAGCAGUGCCGCUUUAGAAUAGGACUGACCUUGAUUGCCAUCUGUGGUGGCCACCAUCUUUGGAUCGCAUAGAUCAUUGUGUUCUGGGUAAAUCAAGAUGGUGGGCAGCCACCAUAGACUGGACCUAACCAUGGCUUCCAAUAAAAAGCAGCAGUGCUAUCCGCUGCUAAGACACCACCAGGGGAGGGGGGGUAGCAGUGAGGACAGUGAGUGGUGGCAUAGCUGAGUUGAGCUGCAGUGAGGUCCUUAGCUAGUGUGCCAGGGCUGCAUGUAAUUAACAUCAUGUGAAGAAAAAGUAAGGCUGCAUACACUAGUUCUAUUCAGUGAUCUCUGCUUAGGAGAUAUGCACCUAAUUCGUAGAUAAUGUGGGGGCAAGCCUGGCACACAUGCUGCAAUGACAGGGCUAGCACACAUGGCUCUGCUCUUUCUUCAUGUGCUGUUGAUUGCAUGGAGAAUAUCAUGGCUAAAUAGAGUUCAGUGAAGAAUGUGAGUUGGACUCAAAGUCUAUAUUGUGGCUGGAAUAGGUUGGGAGGGGCAGUCACCUGGCUCUCUAUUGAUGUAAGAGGAAGUGGAAUAAUGUGCUGUACUCCUUUUUUCGGGAGUAAAGUUACAUUGGUGGAAACAAUGGCUGAGUGAGUGUAGGAUUUGGACUAAGCCACCUGCCAAGCCUCCGCACUUCACCCAUUACAGGCUCUUUCCCUGUGAUCACUCCUGACUUUUCUGCAUUCAGCAUAAAGGCCUGAAUAAAAUUUCAAAGCAUGUUCAGCUGAGUGCAUUCUCCCAUCAGAUCUUCACAUGGAAUGCUUGAUAGGACAUGAUUCUACUUUUAGAGCACAAGUGGUGAACCUCAUGCCAAAUUUGGCCCUACAGGGUUCUCUGUUUGGCCCCCAGGACUCUCCACAGGCCACACCCCUCACCAGGCCUGCUCAACACCCUCCUUGAGUGUUUUGCCCUGCUAGAAUGUGCCCUUGAACUCUGACAUUGCAAGAUAGAGAGGAAAGCAUGAGUAUAGGGAGAAAUUAGCCUUCUAGUUAGUUGCUCUGCUCACUUUGGCCUCAGGCUUCACCCCCCCCCCACUGGCCUGUGGCCCCAGAAGACUGCUCAGAAUAGACAGCAGCCCUUGAGCUGAAAUAAGGUUCCCUAAACCUGUGCCAGGCAUAGAGUAGGGCGCCAAAGAUCCAUGUUAAAACAGCUACUGCAACAAAUAGACACAUCUGUCAGCAGAUCUCUCAAAUUAAAGCAGCAGUACUGACAUGUUUUACAUAUAGUACAGCUGAAGUUACGUUUCACACUUUAUUUUGAUGUGAGAUAAGAAGAUUCCUAGUUGAAAAGUACUCAACUCUUUAGUUCACAUGUUUGAAACUCAGUCUAGAGAAGUUAUGGAAAAUAUUCUUAUUGGGCAAAGAUACCAGAAGGGCUUGUUUGUGCUCAUUCCUUAACUGUGUGCUUGUGAUAUACAAGAAUAUACCCAUGGCAUUGCUACUCUAACUCUGUGACGUUUAUUUAUUAACACAGUGACGUUUAUACCAUGAGAUCAGGGUACUCAUUUGAAAGCCAAUCUAAUUAAAGCACUUGAGGAUAGCGAGGUGACAGAACAAAUGUCUCUAGAUGCAUUCGAGCCUCUGAGGGAGUUUGGGGGUUGUACCAUGGCGGAGUCUUCAGAUGCUCCCUCACUUCUGCCUGCAGUAAGGAAGAAGAAAAGCUUAUCACUCAAGGACAAAAUUAGUAUAAUAGCUGCAAUAGAAAGUGGCAAGAAGAAGGCAGACAUUGCGGAAAGAUAUGGUAUAAAGAAAAACUCCUUGUCCUCCAUCAUGAAGAACAAAGAGAAAGUUUUAGAAGCCUUUGAAUCAUGGCAAUUUGACCCUAAAAGAAAAAGGUUAAGGACUGCAUUUCAUACAGAUCUGGAAGAGGCACUGGUGAAGUGGUAUAGAAUGGCUCGGUGUUCAAAUAUACCAGUGAAUGGGCCAAUGCUACGCUUUCAAGCUAAUGAUUUUGCACAGAAACUUGGACAUAACGAUUUUAAAUGCAGCAAUGGCUGGCUAGAUCGUUUUAAAGCAAGGUAUGGACUGGCAUUCAGAUCUCAGCCAGUUAUAGCUACUGCUCGUACUACUCGUACCACUACUGCUACCACUGCAGAGGAUACAGCAACUGCUUGGCAUCAAAAGAUUCUGUCUUACUAUUUAAAGGUUUAUCAGCCAAAUGAUAUAUUUAACAUGAAGGAGACAGGAUUGUUUUAUCAGAUGUUACCUAGUCCUACUUUUACAUUUAAAGGAGAAACAUUCUCCCUGGGAAAAUUAGGCAAAGAAAAAAUAACUGUAGUGGUUGGCGUAAAUAUGGAUGCUUCAGAAAAACUUCCGUUGCUUGUUAUAGGAAAGAACAAAACUCCCUGCUGCUUUCAGGGUGUCACAUCAUUGCCUGUGGAAUAUCAGUCAACUACUAUGGCACAGAUGACUUCAGAGCUGUUUGAUCAGUGGGUGAGCAAACUUGACAAGAGAUUUCAAAUACAGAAGCGUCACAUCAUUAUUUUUGUGGACUCUUUCCCUUUUCACCCGGAGGUAAGGAAUUUGAAGUCUAUCAGACUUGUAUCCUUCCCUUCUUGCUCACCCUCCAGAUUUACAGCUGUGAAACAAAAUAUCACCAAGAGUCUGAAAGUAAAAUACCGGUGCCUUCUUCUCAAGAGAUUUGUAGACUGUGUUGAAAGUGGUAAGGAAUUCACGCUGACUUUGCUUGAUGCCGUUGACAUGUUAUACCUGUGUUGGAGGGCUGUAUCUCCAGGGACAGUAGUUAAAAGCCAUAGCAAAGAAGGGUUUAGAUCACAAACUGGGGAAAACAUUGAUGAGGACGCAGAAACGGAAAUUAAUUUUGAUUUGGCUGCAUAUGCAUUGGCAGCAGGAGUUGAGUUUCCAAAAGGCUUGUCUUUGGAGGAAUAUGUAGCUUUCAAUGAUGACUUGAUAAAUUGUGAAAUGCCUCCUAACACUGAAAUAUCACAGGCUAAAAAAGGUACUUCAAGUGAAACUUAUGAGAAAGAUGAAGGUGAUGACUUUCCAGGAUGUAAACACCCUUCGCCAUCAAAGAAGGAGGCCCUUACUGCUUUAGAUACUCUUCGAAGAUUUCUUAGACAUCAAGAUUUGAAGGAAUCUCUUCAUACUUCCUUCACGAUUCUGGAGGACUUUAUUCAUCUUGCAGCAUCUAAAUAAGUACUUUAAUGGAAACUACUAAUUGCUUAGUUCGUUUUAAAAACAACUCUAUCAUAUAGUACAGGCCUAUAAAAUUUGAGGCCUAUUAUGCUAAACCCGGCCUAUGAGCCAUGUAUGGUGGAUUUUGCUGCCUCCAUGGGACUGCAAAAACCCAGAGAGCUGUCAAAUGCCCACCACAUGGCUGGUGGAUUGUGUCUGCCUUGGCAGGUCACAAACUGGACAGGCCCAAUGAACAAUGCAAGAUUUUGUGAAUUGUGUUGCAAUGGUGCUACCCCGAUCCAUAAUUUGUCUACGCUCUAAGGUUACAAUUGUAUUCUUCUCACCCCAGAAGAAUUCAGAGUAACAUUUGAUGCUCACAACAACCCUGUAAGGUAGAUUAUGGCAAGAGAUCGAGAUGUAUCUUUGUAAGCACUGCUGUAUAACAACUAGUUUACGUUAAUGCAAGUUAUCCUAAAAUAGUAGUUUUUCUUUCUGCAUUUAUGAUUAUGAUUAGAUAUUUAUUUAUACCCCGUCUUUCCCCUUGAUGGGACUCAAAGCAACUUACAGAUGCAGUGGUAUCUCGGUUUACGAACAGCCCUGUUUAUGAACUAUUUGGUUUCCGAACUCCGCAAAACCAGAAGUAGGGUCCCAGUUUGCGAACUUUACCUCAGUCUAAGAACGGAAUCCGAAUGGUGAAAGGGCACCAGUGCAGGAGGCCUCAUUAGGGAAAGUGUGCCUUGGUUUAAGAAUGGUUUCGGUUUAAGAACGGACUUCCGGAAUGGAUUAAGUUCAUAAACUGAGGUACCAGUGUAUAAUGUUUUGUUACUGCUUGCUGUUUCUUUAGCUGAAGAUGCUUCCCCAGCUCUUCCAGUCAGUAGCUCUUGAGUGGAAUCUUGGCAUAUUGCUUUGACAAGCGACUCCCCACCAUCUAACACAUCUAAUAUUAUACCCCUAAAGAGAUCACAUUGCAAAACUGUGAGAUGCAUAGCAGCAAAGUGGGUCAGGUUUGACAUGGAUGUAAAAUGUGACUUGAGCUGCCAGCAUGAAGUACUUUACGCAAAGCGUGUUAAGAAAACACUAAAAUAAAUGAAAUAUUUAAGACUAGAAUGUACUUACAACAUUUCACUGGCUCUGUUUCACAUGAUGCAGACUAAAUAAGUUAUUUUGUUAUGAAUUAAAUCAAGUAAUAUUAACAGAUAACAAUAUAUACCCACAUGCUCAAGCCUUUAUAGCAGCUCAAUAUAUUAGGAAGAUGUUAAGACCCAGAGGAUUCAGAUUGGGACCAAACAGACAGCCUUGACACACCUGAAUAACCUGUUUAGCAGUCCAACUCACCUUGCCAUUCAGACACCUCACUCGGGGCAGGGGGGCUUUGAUCAGCUUCUGCACCCCUUUACAGAUCCAGGUUUCCACCACUUCCUAUCCUAACCUCCUAUCUCCCUAAAGCUGAGGAAGAAACAGAACUGGCGAAGAACCAGAGGUCUGCUUAGAAAAUGUAUACUUAAGUGGGCAACUGGUGCAUCUUGGGACCCAGUUGGUGAUCUGAAAGAGAAUGGCCUGGCUUUCCUAGCAUAAAACAGCUCAGUGUGUGCCUG